GGAGGGAGAGCGAGCCGGCUAGCUAGCGAUGGGUUCGCCUCUCGCCAUCUCUGUGCUGCUUCUUCUCGCCUGCUCUCUCUCCUCGUCGCUCUUCGCUUACCCCAGUCCGAUCCCGGACUCCCCGAGCUUCAAAGGGGUAAACCUAGGGCAACCAUCUAUUGAUUUCACACCAUCAACACUUUCUGGCGUUCUAGCUGGCCGUGGUACUAAAGAAAUCGUAAGGUGUGAACGUGUUGAAGUAAUUGGUCUAUCCCGAUUGAGACUUGGAAGUUACUCUAGCGCACUACGUGUCACUGUGCUUCCAUCAGUAUCAAUUCCAGAAAGAUUACACGGCCAAGUUCAGGUUUGCCUUCACCGGAACUCUUCUCUCGCAUUGUGUGAAUGUGAAAAAGAUGAGUGGAAGAGUAUUCAAAAAGGCGUGUGGAGUUCUGUCAUAUCACCCUAUGAACAUAGAUAUGUUGAUGUCAAGAUCAUCGGUGAAGUUCCUGGUCAUUUCACAGUCUCCAUUUCUGAAGAGCCUCAACAGUGGCGCCUCCUUUGUCUGGCGUUGGGAUUUAUACUGAUACUGCUGGCCCCAGUUAUUAGUGGCUGGGUUCCUUUCUACUAUAGCAGUUCAAUGGCCAUAGGAGUUUUUCUGGUCAUCAUUAUCCUUCUUUUCCAGGGGAUGAAAUUAUUACCAACUGGGAGGAAAAAUGCCUUCUACCUCACUUUAUAUGGUUCAAUGCUUGGAGCUGGAUCUUUUCUUCUACAUCAGUUCUCAAUGAUGGUGAAUUCGAUUCUUCUCAGUUUUGGAUUUAGUGAGGAGAUGCAUAACCCGGUAUCUGUAUUCUUACUAGUAGGAAUUGUUCUAGCUGGAGCUGCUUUAGGCUAUUGGAUUGUUCGGAAGUUUGUGAUUUCAGAGGAUGGGAGUGUGGAUGAUGGUGUUGCCCAAUUUAUGAAAUGGGCAAUGCGUGUUGUUGCUGCUACGUUAAUCUUCCAGAGUACUUUUGACACUCUUUUGGCAGUGGGGGCGCUGGCUUGUUGUUCGGCUAUCUGCUUUUCGGUGACUUCAAUGUGGAGUGAGGCAGCGUAUGAGCCAUAUUCUUUGAACUGGAGUCCUACACCAAGUUGGUCUCGGCAACCAUCUGCACAGUUCAAUCGUGCUGAAUUUCUUGCAAGGUCACCAGAAAAAUUUCACCGGAGAAAGAUGUGGAAUAGACCUAACAAAUCUGCUGCUUGGCUGGACUCUCCGCUUAAAAGUUCUGUAACCCCGCCUGCUAGUCAAAUGAGAAGGAACUCCGUGGAUUACUAUUCAACUCUUCACAAGGCACCCAACCGAAAGAAGUACACAGAACAGGAAUGGGAAGACUCGAAGGCAUACUGGACCAAGCAAGCUAUGUCAGAGUUGGUAUCCUCUCCAGAUUUCACUGACUGGAUCAUCGAGCAUGCUGACCGAAUACAGAUCACUUCCGGCAAUGGUUCAGAUGAAGCUGUUGGAAGUGAUUCUGACUCCACCAAUGAAGCCACUUUGAACAGUAGCAACGGGUUCAAAUUGUUUAAUCUCUGGUAGCCAGAUGCAGCAUCUCCACAUUGUAGGAUGCUUGUAAAGCGUUUCUGACAGUUAGUCUGACACUUAGCGUUAGGAUAGUCGCUAGGAAAACAUUCUGCAUAUGUAGAAUUUUUGUUUGAUUUCACCAAUCUUGUAUUAUAGAAAAUUUUUUAUUUCACUUUC